AUCACCCAUCAUCGAAUUGAGAACCAGCAAAAGUGGAAUGUCUUUUCAUCGCUGCUCGACGUCGUCGUGGUUAUUUUCCAGAUUAUAGUUUUUAUUUCAGUUUUUUUCUUAUUUCAUGCAUCGCAUCGUCUGCGGCAGUGUAAAUCGUGCAUUAAGUGUAGUUGAAUCGGACGGUAGUGUUCGCUGCACCAAACGAUUUCGGAAUUGGGUUAUUUUUCCCAUUUGGAGAAGGAGAUUUUCUUCCAUCAGCCAUCGGUGACGAAAAAAAGAGGAAGAAAAAAUUUGCACAACGCGAUUAUGUGAUUGCCGUACACAUUCACAAAAGUGUUGCUGUAUUGUUGCAAGAGCUCGGGUCCUGUGUGUGUGAGUGAGUGGGAGAAAAUCGAACGGCCAUCUCGCUUGCGAGUUUCGCCCAGUUUAUUUUUUUUAUUGUUGGUUUGUGGAAGAGGAAAAGUUUCAAAGCAACAACAAGAAGACAAGAGAAUAUAGCGAAUGAAAAUCCCCUCAGUAGCGCGGAUUUGCGUUUGUUGGAAAUAAAGGACGCACAGUAACGAAAUUCUACUUAAAAUACGGAAAAGUGCUAAUAACCAAAUCUACUAGCAAUACUGCAUAUUGCACCUCGAGCAGACAACCAGCAAAAUCCUUAGCGGAAAAUCAGAGAAAAGAAAUAGCAGUCAUCCGAAAGCAGUACAGUGCCGGAUCAACGAAUUAGGAUAUUUGGAUUUUAGGAAGUCAACAACACAUUGGCCACGGAUUGGUAGAAUUGGAUCAGACAGCGGUGUUUACGUGUGCGUGCGUCUGUGUGUACCGAUUCAUACGCGCGGCCUCGAAGUGAAAAAUAAUGAGUCGCCAUGAAGGUGUCAGCUGCGAUUCGUGUUUAAAAAGUAACUUCCGAGGACGCCGCUACAAAUGCCUGAUCUGCUACGACUACGAUCUCUGCGCAAACUGCUAUGAAGAAGGAGCAACAAGCACACGACACUCGGCAGAUCACCCCAUGCAAUGCAUACUGACGAGGUCAGAUUUCGAGCUGUAUUAUGGCGGCGAAGUGCUAACCCCCGAUCAGCCACAGUCGUUUACUUGCCCCUACUGCAAACGAAUGGGACUCAGUGAUUCAGCCCUGCUCGAGCAUGUCAGUUCCGAACAUACCGACACGGGCUUGGAGGUGGUGUGUCCUGUGUGUGCGGCACUGCCCGGUGGAGAUCCCAACCUGGUGACGGACGACUUCGCAGGACACCUGAGCCUUGAGCAUCGGAGUGGGUCACGAGAUCUUAUCUCAUUCCUGGACGAACCCUCAGCGAUCCGGCAUGGUGGUGUCCGGAGAAUACCACACUCUGGACGUUCCAUUGGUGGACCACGGUCCAGGCGAUCCAACAUGCACUUCAGUACGUCGGGUGGUGGAUUGUCCACAUUGUCACCCUCCGGUCGAGAGUCGGUCGAUCCGAUAGCCGAGCUACUGCAGCAGUUGUCCAGCGUCCGGCGCGGAGGAGCGCCUCAACCCUCGCAGCUCCAGCAGCUGCAAAUGCAAAUUCAACUGGAACGCCAACAAGUUACUGCCGCCCGGCAGCAGCUGGAACGAUUACCACGACGUCAACAGCAGCCAGUAGUGUCCUCCGCAACCAAUGCAACCGGUGUCAGCAAUGCUGCGGGAAGUAACAUCAACGCUUCGCAACAGGCCAGUUCGAUUAUCACCCUCAAUGCCACCGGUUCUCGUGAUGCCCCGAUUGCCGCUUCAUCGUCGUUGCCAAUGGUGUCAUCUGGCAUCGGUGCUUGCAGCAUCCUGGGCGGUGUAUCGGCUGCGGCUGCAGCUGCUGCCGCCGCUGCUUCUCAGCAACAGUCACAGUUCUUGAUGGCACGCUUCAUGGUCCCAAGCUUGGAUGACGCUGAGCUAGCACAACUGGAACGUGAUAGAGCUGAUAGAUCACAGUUCGUACAAGCUCUAAUGUUAUCGACCAUCGCUAAUAUCCAGUCUUUUAGUAAAAACAAUGAAAACGACGUGGCCGAUGAAUUGAAUUCAUUGAAUAUAGGAAGUAAUAACAAUAGUACUGUUAGUAAGAAUACUAAAAAGUCAACAGGGGAUGCCGAUGAGCAGCAGCAGGAAGGUGCAGCAAACAACAAGGACGAUGGCAAUUGUGAUAACAUAAAGCAGUUGGAAAGUGAUAGCAGCCUGACGGAUGAGCUGCAGAGUCUCCACACGCCACAGGUGCUACCAAGAACAGGUGUUGGUAAGGGUGGAAAAUCGUCAUCCAAGCCAGGCACUGGAGGUGGUGGUGGCGGUGGUGGUGGUGGCGGCGGCGGAGGAGGUAUGGAUCGACGCUCGCGCCAACAGCAACAGCAAACGGCUAAUGCAGUAAAAACACGUGAACUAAAGCAGGCAAAUUCUUCAGCCAACACGCCGUCAUCGAUGUCAUCGAAACAUGUUCCCGACUCUAGGUAGUGCUGUAUAGCAAAAACAAUUUAAACAAAACAAAAAUCAAGAAACGCAAAAAGGUAAAAUACAUAAGAAUAAUAUCAUCAUAAAAAUUCUAUUGAUCACGAAUGCAUGUAUGACGGCAAAGUUGGCAUGAGCAAAAACACAGGAACUGGAAAAUGAAGGAGAGGCAAAACUUUAAUUAAAUUAUAAAUAUAGAUCAACACUUUAUGGCAAAAUAUAUAACAUCUUAGGCAUUAUUAUAACUGGAAGCAGAAAACAAAUACAUAUAGUAUAUUCAAACAGAAAACCCCUAUUGCUACAUAAUUAUGCAUAUUGAACUCACCAGUACGUUCUGAAUUCACCAAAUUUGAUAAUGAACGUAGUUUGUCAAUGUUGGUACAUACAAUAUCAUGUUUCGGAGCACUGUUUUGGGGCAAAGUUUAAUGCCAUAAUUUCCUUUGUUGUCUCUUAAUUUUGGAACUAGUCAUGAAAGCAGUUACAAAACCGACAGAAAUUUUACAGGCUCCUGUUUUGUUUGAAGAUAUAAUAAUUUAGUAGUCGCAUCAGCAACAUGGGCGGACAUGCACUUAUUAGAUGCCUUGCUAGAUUUGUUUAUCAGAAACUGCUUUCUGAUUUUGUUCACCAUUUAGGUAUAUGAAUAUAAAACGUUGAUUGGUUUAUUGUCCAUUAUCUGUGAAUUACUUCUUAACAAGUUUUCAUCAUUUUCGAUUUUUUUUUUGUCUUGGUAGAAAUAGGAAAACAUUAAUUCAAUAAAAAUCAAAAUGUAUCCCCCCUGGACAUAGACACAAUAGUUUGCACUAAAGACUUCUUUUCAUUUACCAUCUUGAAUAGCAAGGUUUUUCCUUGUUUACUAGUGAUUCUUUCUUUCAAAAUUUUUGUAAAUGUUAUUUUGCUCAAUACUUAACAAUGCAGACAAACCACAUUAAGAAAUGAAGUCAGGCUUUUUAGUAACUUUAUUUCAAAUACUUCUCUUAACAGUUAGCCUCCUAAACCUCCCCCCCCCCUUUUUUUAAACAAAUGAAAAAUGUUAUCUAUUUUCAGUGCAAACUUGGUUUAAAAUAGAUUGGCAAAUCGAUACUGGCAAUCUUCCACCUUUGAAUGCAUGAAAGUAGAAUUUAAGAAUACACCGAUUGACUGUGAGAUAAACUAUCCAAGAAUUCUUAUAUUUUCAAAUGCUUCAUAACAGUGUGCAAAUAAUUAAAACACAAAGACAUCGGCAUCAACAUCAAUAUUGUUUAGAAACAGGAAGAUUGAUCUUCUCAACACCAUACAAUAAAUUUAAACAUUUUGAGAAAUAAAAAAAUAGUCGCAAAGUCAGUUUUCCCUUUAUUACGUUUUAGUUACUUUUAUCGUUCAUUUAUGCUGCACAUACAUUUACGCUUAAAAAUACAAUUAAAAAAAACUAGGUAUCAAAAAUGUAACACCUAUCCUGUAACAAGCAAAUAAUAAGACGAAUAGUAACAGGUCCUUAGUUAUUCUUAGUCAAUAUCACUUGCUUUAAGUUGAUCGGUUCCUUAUUCAAAUUUUGGCACAUCGAAAGAAGAAAAAAAACACUGCGUACUUUUUUGUUAAAAUUUUCCUACAUUGUGAGUGAUGUACCCAAAAAUAAAUCUUAAAAAUAAGGCCCUCAGAGCCAAAGGAAUAAGAGUUUGCGUGUUGCGCGAUCCUCCUUAUAUUUUUCGAACUGACGUAGUUUUCUUUAAAUAAAAAAAAUGAAAAUGUAAAAGUAUAUAAAUUUCACCACUUAAAGAUUAAGUUACGAGAAAUCAUUUGGAACUACUAACUCAAAGUGAUAAAUUUUACACCUAUAACCCUUGGGUUUUGAGGGCCCCAAAUGAAAAGCUUGACCUUUCUUCUCAUGUACUGGAAAAUUUUAUUAGCUAUUUUAUUUAUUGCAUAGACUUACACACAUCAGGCAAUGAUUCUGUUAUAUGAACACGAUUCUUUUUACGACAAUUAUGAAUUCAAAAGAAAAAAAAUAACAUUAUAUAAAAAACAAAAACACGUAUAUUUACCUAGUGCUUGUAUAGAAAUUUCAAUUUUAAUAAAAAUGAUCGAUAAUUGCAAAACAAAAUAAAAAUUCAAUGUUGAAAAUGAGUAUAAUAAAUAUUGAAGUGCAA